AUUGUCCGAAAUUUUGCAGACGGAAAGGGAAAAAAAGACUAGAGCUGACAGUGUUUACGUGCAGACAGCAGCUGGUCUUGAACCAAAGUGAGCUGUAUUCGGGCGACAGGUACAAUUUCGGCAUUCAGACCAGUCGGGCCGAAUCUCCCAGCAGUGUUUUUCGGGCCGAAUCUCUACGACAAGACGAGCAAUCGUGGAGAAAAGUGACCCCGAGAGAAAAUUUCCUCUCGUUCGGACGCCAUUUUCCAGUUCGGUCAUCAGUGGUGGACCUUGUCAAUUAGGCCGUUGUUGGCCCAUCGUGGGCCCAACUCGGACCCUCUGCUAAUCACUACAAGCCCCUAAUUUGCAAAUUUAAAGCACGCAACUGGAGACUGGCGAAGAGUCUUACGAGAUCAGCUUAAUUACUUGCAAACUGAAACACACCAAAACGGAACCAUGACCAUUUUGGCACCGAAGAAGAGCGGCCAGUCGUCCAAGCAGGCCCAGGCCGAACAGGAGGCGGCAGAACAGCAGCCACCCCACCAGCAGCAACAGCAGCCUCGAUCACCGCAGGGCAAUGACCAUUUGGGCUCUGCGUCUCACCGAUGGUCGCCAGGGUUGCGUGAAGAGGCAGAGGGUGUGGUGGAUGGCAGUCGAAAGCGUUCCAUGCGCGCAUCACCUCACCGCAGGACCAAGAGGGAACGAGGCGCAGCCUCUCCAGGAUCAGGAUCCUCAGCGUCGCCAGCAGAGUCGACGCCUCAGCAGGAAGAGGCUGAUGCGGCCUCAGCAGAUCCGUCUGGAUACAAUUCCGGCGAUGAACACACCCAAGACCCCAAUGGUCUCUCAGAGACACAGUAUACAGAGAUGGAGCGCAAUUUCUCCAAGAAGCUGAGCAAGAAGGGUCUGGUGGUACGAGAAAUGGCCAGAGACGGCGCUUGCCUGUUUAGAGCCGUAGCCGACCAGGUUUAUGGUGAUCAAGAAAUGCACGAGAUUGUGCGCAAACAAUGCAUGGAUUACCUAGAGCGAAACCGUGAGCAUUUCAGUCAGUAUGUCACAGAGGACUUUGAUCUGUACGUUGUUCGGAAGAGGGAGGCCUCAUGCCACGGCAACCACAUCGAAUUGCAGGCCGUUUCGGAAAUGUUCAACCGACCGGUGCAAGUCUUUUGCUACGACUCGGAUCCUCUGGUCAUUUGGCACGGCUGCUCUGAGGCGAGCGACGAUCCGAUCCGGCUUUCCUACGAACGUGGAUCACACUACAACUCACUGUUUGACCCAGUCAAGGGUUUGACCCGCAAACCUCAGCUGCCUGUUCUGCACCAGGGCCUCAAAGACGCUGCCAUGGUGGCAGACGCGCUUGCCCACUCUGAGAAUUUUGCUAUUGAGCAGGCUAUGCUACAAGACAAAAUUUUUGCUUCCGACAUCGAAGCUACUGACCGUGCUUUGGAGGAGCAGGUGGCCAGGGCCAGUUACAUGGAGUGGCUUCGAGAGGCAGAGAAGCGCCAGAAAAAUAAGGUCACAAAAAUGGGAUCUUCAAGUGCAACUGCCACAGUGACCUCUGGUUCGUGCCGCAGCAGGUGUGGCAGCCGCUCACCUCCAGCAGGUCCUAGCAGCAGCUUUGACCUCUUCUACAGUACACCAAGCACCAGCUGGGCAUCGGCCCCAGGCCCUAGUUCAGCCGACAGUUCCCUGCCUGCUCCUUGCACCUCUUCAGAGGCCACUCCAGCAGCCCAGGACUGUUGGCCUGGCAAGAAGAAAAAGAAGCAAAAGAGUGAACUCAAUUAACAGAUGAGAAGACAAAAAUUCCUUUUUGCAAAGACUUGCUUUAUCGUGAUAAUUGAAUUAUUAUUGAAACAAUAUAAUGAAAAAAUAAUGAUGCUGGAUUGUCUAGCCUGGAUGUGAAAAUUUAAAAUAAUGUCUAUAAUAAAUGGCAAUUAUGUGACAAUUUGUGUGUUGCA